AUGGAAGCUGCCAAUAUAAGAAUAGAUGCUACUUUAUUACAAGCAAAUCAAGGAAAAUUAGUUCGUAUAAUUGGAAAAUGUGAAUCAUUCGAUAGACAUUCAAAUAUAGCAACCUUAAUUAGUAAUGGACCAAUAACUUUAGAAAUACCAAUGGAAAUAAAUAUGGAAAUUACCAAAAAUUAUGAAAUUAUUGGGAAAGUAAGUAGUAAUAGUUCAAAUUUAAAUGUUCAUGUGUUUUCAGUUAUUGAAUUGAGUGAUAAUUUGAAUUUAGAUGUUGCUCAAAAAUUAGUUCAAUAUGUUCAUAAAGUACCGGAAUUAUUCUUUGAUUAA